ACUAGUACACGCACGCACACACCACGAGCGCCAAAGGCAACUGCAUAGCUACCACUCUCGCUCAGCGCGCAACGUACGGGCGGCCAUGUCCACCACCGAGGCGCUCCUCGCCGCCUCUGGCAGCGGCGGCGGCGGCAGCAACCGCGUGAGCAUCGACGACGCGCUGGCGCUGCACGCGGGGGAGUUCGGGCGGUGGCAGCUGCGGCACUUCGUGCUGGUGACGGCGGCGUGGAUGCUGGAGGCGAUGCACACCAUGGUGAUGAUCUUCGCGGACCGCGAGCCGGCCAUGUGGUGCCCUGCGGGGGACGGGCGGUGCGGCGACCGGUGCGCCGGCGCCGCGGCCGGGUGGGAGUGGGAGCAGGGGAGCGGCUCGUCGACGGUGGCCGAGUGGGGCCUCGUCUGCGGCGACCGGUACAAGGUCGGCCUCGUCCAGGCCGUCUACUUCGCCGGCUGCAUGAUGGGCUCCGGUGUCUUUGGACACCUGUCGGAUUCUUUUUUAGGUCGGAAAGGGUCCCUUCAGUUAGUAUGCUUCCUUAGUGGAGGUUUCGGCCUUCUCACCUCGCUCUCCCCCAACUAUUGGGUCUAUGUAGCCUUCCGCCUACUCACGGGCUUUAGUGCAGGAAGCAUUUGCUUUUGCUCCUUCGUCCUCGCCACAGAACCUAUUGGGCCAUCCUAUCGAGGCGUCGUUGGCACAUCCACUUGCUAUUUCUUCUCCGGCGGUAUUGCAGCCCUUGCCGGCAUCGCAGCAUUGUUCCAAUCCUCUUGGCGCAUCCUUUACAUUGUCUCCUCGCUGCCCUCCCUCGCAUUCAUCCUCGUCGUCGUGCCAUUUGUCUCUGAGUCCCCGCGUUGGUACCUCGUGCGGUGCCGGACGGAUGAUGCUAUGCGUGUCCUACGAGAGAUAGCGUCCACCAAUGGCAAGAGCAUCCCAGAUUGCGUGGGGCUGAGGCUCGACGAUGAGGACGACAUCACCAAGAAGGUUGUGGAGACCUCAUCAGUCUUAGAUGUGUUUCGGUCACAGACAAUGCGGGCUAGGCUCAUGCUCUUAGUUAUCAUCACCUUUCUUUGCUCGGUGGUGUACUUUGGGUUGACCCUCAACGUGGUCAACCUAAAGAUCAACCUUUACAUCAGUGUGGUUGUUAACUCUCUUGCCGAGAUGCCUGCAUACCUGGUCACGGCGGUACUCCUUCAACACUUCGGCCGGAAGCCACUCACCAUUGGCUCGAUGCUUCUCAGCGGCGUCUUCUGCACAACUGCUAGUCUUAUCCCCGACGUCGGUGCCAUGAGGGUGGCGAGGAUGGCAUGUGGGGUGGUCGGGAUCUUUGGAAUGGCGGGAACAUACAACCUAUUGCUCGUAUAUGCGUCAGAGUUGUUCCCUACGGUGGUGCGUACCGUCGCACUGGGGUGCAAGGCACAGGGGUCACAAAUGGGGGCCAUACUAGCGCCCAUAGUGGUGUUACUCGGCGAGCGGGUGCUAUUCGUGGUGUUUGGCGUGUUGGCCAUCAUCGGUGGGCUACUGGUGCUCUGCCUCCCGGAGACUAUGAAUAAGCCUUUGUAUGACACCAUGGCUGGUAUGGAGAAAGGGGAGCGAUCAUCAAAAAGGGGAGAUGAAGUUGCAACUAGUAAUUCCCUAAUCUAAUCACUUAGGCUAAAGCAUUGGCGCACUCAAAAUAUCAUUGUUGCCCAUAAAACAAUGUUGCACAAAAGAGCGAAUCGCACAAAUUGGAUUGUCUACUUGCUUUAGCUUGGGAUAUGUCUAUACAUUGUUUCAUUUGUUGAUAAAUCAUAUAUUUUGUAAGUCUAAAUUAUUUUAGAAUCGGUGACCCACACAUGUCCAUG